UCAGUUACAACCUGGUGUGUGAUUAAUGAGGCCACGUCCCUCACACUCCCCAUUACUGUGAGCUCUAUAUGUUGAAGGUUUUAUUUUCAUCACUUAAGUGGCUGAAGAUCAAGAAGAGUAGUGUAAAAGUGGGUCAUCACCUCACCACGCCGAGGAAAAGUGAAUAGACCUGAGGUGUUUGUUUACUGCGUCCUGUGUGAGGGGUCAUCUAACGCCACGACAAGGAAACACUCUACCUGAGAAAACCUUUUGAGAAAUAUCCCGUGGACAUGAAAACUUGUAUAUGAUGGCACCUUCAAGACUGUGGCUGGUGCUCGCUUUUAUUUUAGGUGUGGUGGUGACGGUGGGCCAGGCCGAACAGUGUACCAAGGACCAGUUCAAGUGUAGGGACAGCGGGGAGUGUAUCAAUUUUGAGUGGGUGUGUGAUGACUUUCCUGACUGUACCGACGACACUGAUGAAUUUCCGCUGUAUGACUGCUCGAACAAAGGUAAUCAACCUGCUGUAGGAGGCGCUGAUGUAGAGGAGGCGGUGGAGGUUGAUGAAGUUGCUCCUCCAUCAUCACAGGAUCAAGAUGACGACCAACAACCUGCAGAAAAUAUACAAACUCCGCCACCAAGGGAACCCUGGGAAAGAUGUGCCCUUAAGAAAUGCCAGUUGGGAAAGAAGCUCCGACUGGUGGACGGACGGACGUAUAAAUACCAGUAUGUGACGCAGACGCAGACGGAGGUAGUGGGGUCUUCUCCGUCUGUCACCUCUCUUACUAUGGACGCCAGCCUCGCUCUCAACGUGCUGACGGCCUGUGAAAUGGAGUUAGUGGUUGAGAGAGUCGGUGUAAUGUCCAGCAAGAGUGACAGUGGUGGACAGGAACAAACUGUGGAAGACACUGCAUUUACAGCAGCCCUCACCAAAAACCCGUUAAGAUUCGCCUACCAUGAUGGAGUGGUGGAGGAAGUCUGCCCUUCACCAGACGAGGACCCAAGGGCAUUAAAUUUCAAGAGGGCUGCCAUCUCCCUUCUACAGAACUCUAUGGUGCGUCUGGACCUGGACCACCGCACACUGGAGACAGACGUGGUGGGAGAGUGUGAGGUGAACUACCAGGUACAAGGUAACGCUGGCACCAGACUGCUGAUCCAGAAGACCAGGAACAUCCCUACCUGUACCUCCCGCUCCUCGACCACCUCCAUCAUCCAGGGUGUUCCUUAUGCCUUCGUUGGGGGGCUUCACACCAUCCCCUUGUUGAACAGCAGCAGUAGUUGUGUGCAGGAGAUCGGUGAGAGGCUGGUGCUGGGAGCUUCCUGUCUGGAGAAGCACCGCUUUACUCCCUUCAGUUCAGAGCACGGAGGCCUCGUCACCACCGUCACCCAGAACCUGACCUUCUCCACCCAAUCCUUUUCACGAGCUGUGAUGGGCGCCAUCCACGGGAGAACUGACCUCAAGUAUGACCACCACAACCACAUUCACGUCGAGGGGCUGACUGCUGACCACAUGGAUGAUGCCCAGGUGUGGAGGGCCCAAGCUGACACCCUUCUAGACCACAUUGCUGACAACAUGAGGAAUGAAGGAGUGGCCAACAAUGCCCCGAGACUGUUCAGAGAGUUGGUCCAGGCACUAAGACACCUAGACUUCAAUCAGCUGUGGGCCAUCACCGAGGAACGUACCUGGGGACCUGAGAGAGCAAUGUUUGACGACGCCCUGCCUAUGGUGGGGACGGGAGCCAGUGUAGGGGUGAUGAGGGACCUGAUGGUACAACACCAGGUUAAUGAUAUAAUUACCAACACCUGGCUUGCCUCUCUCUCCUUUAUACCCAGGCCAGAUCUGGACACCAUAACAGAGGCGGCACCUUUACUGGAAGCUGAAGGACCUAUACCAGCGGACGCCUUCCUGGGGGUGGGGUCCCUGGUACACUCCUACUGCCAAGAUCAUCCCGGCUGUAAGGACCUUCCACCGGUGCACCGAGUGAUGGUUGCUCUCCAGGGAUUUGUGGCUUCUGGCUGUAGGGAGAACACCAGUGAAGACAAGAUCAAGGUGCUGAUGGCGCUGAAGGGUAUCGGUAACGCUGGCCUGGCGGUGACUCAAGACAUCCCCGAGAGCUUGGCCAGGUGCCUCUUCGACCCCAUCAAUGAAAAUGAGAUCCGGCUGGGAGCCAUACAAGCCUUCAGGCGAUUCCCAUGUGACGUGUCGAGAAAACCGCUUCAAACUAUGUUCAUGGAUAGAGCGCAGGACUCCGAGCUCCGCAUAGCUGCAUAUCUGGAGCUGAUGCGCUGUGCCGACUUCCAGAUCAUCAAACUCGUUAAACAUAUGUUAAUCUAUGAGGAAGUUAAUCAAGUGUCAGAGUGUCUCUUUGUUUACAGUGUCGAGUGUCUCUUUGUUUAUCUGGGGGUCGUUCGUGUGGACCCAUCUGGAAACCUGAAAGAGACAGGCCUACCUUCUAGGACAGAGAUACAGGGACUUCUCUCAAACCAUGAUAUUAUCUCCAAGUUCACAGUUGGAUGUAGGAAGUUCUCCAGAAGCAUUGAAUGGUCAGAGUUCUGUGACAGGCUUAAUGUUGGUGGCGGGACGGACGUAAACAUCAUUUUUUCCCAGAACUCUUACAUUCCCCGUUCAGCGACCUUCAACUUUACCGCUGAUCUGUUUGGCCACAAUCUCAACCUACUGGAGUUUGGAGCUCGGGUGGAGGGCUGGGACCGCUACACAGACAGCAUCUUUAGGGCCCCACAGGAUCGAGAAACGCCACCAAGCAUCAAGAAUCGCAAGGCAGUGGAACUUAUCUCAAGGGCGGGGAAACAAGGUCACUAUCUCGACAAGGAAGCUGAGUUGUCAAUACACAUGAAGACGUUUGGUAACGAGAUUUAUUACCGUCACUUACACGGCAUGGACAAGAUCAUGGAGGCAGUCAACACACUCGACCCAGCUGAGAGGAUACGACUCUUGAACGAAGGCCAGGCCAUAAACCUACACAAGUCUUGGCUGGCGGCAGAGUCAGCUUACAUCAUCCCUACUACAGCUGGGAUGCCGCUCAACCUCAGUUUGACUGCUAGCGUCGCUCUUGAUCUGCAUGCUAGUGGUUCAAUUGACGUCUUCAACUUCUUUGCCACAGGACAUGGUGGAAUUAGUGGCAGCCUUAAACCUAGUGUGGGCGUGGAGGUGUUGGGGUCAAUGCUGGUUGAUGGUCACGCAGCACAGUCCGGGGCUCAGCUGGUAGCCACACUCCACUCCUCCACCGUCCUGGAUGGAAGAUUUGAGAUCGGGGGAUCAGAGAACAUCCGUUUAGACAUGAAGAUGCCCAGAGAUAAGAUUGAUAUUGUCAACAUUACGUCGACUGUGGUACUGAUACAUGGGUCAUCUGAGGCAGGAGCAGAAGGUUCUCGGGAAGUUAUGGAAGGAGUCAUCAGUGAUCGCAUGGAGUUGACCGGCUGCUCUGAACACCACGAUAAGCUAGGCAGUAAACUCUGCUGGAACGUACAGUACCCUAAUGCCUCCAGGGUCUCAGGGAGUCCUUUUUACCCCCUAACAGGUCCCUCACAGCUUCAAUUAGCCUUACACAAGACUGACCCUACCUUGACCACCUAUCAGUUACGGUACACAUGGGAGCGUAGGCCCGAUUAUCGUAUGUUCUUGGUGUCAGUCAACACUCCUGGAACAGCCACAUCUCGGGAACACAGUGUGCGGUACAACAUCAACUUCAGGUCGCAGAAUAUAUUCCUGGAUCUUCACUCACCUAUUACCAACGUGUCAGCGCGAGGUCGAUACGUAUGGACGGAUCUGGACAAGCGACUGGACUUGAGUCUGUCGCUGGACAACCAAGAGACUGCCACCUUAUCGACUGGCCUUACGUCCUACAGAAAGUCGGGAAGUGACGUUUUUACUCCCAUCUUCACAGCGACUUACCUGGGUCAAGACAUCGUCAAAGUGUCAGGUGUGAUAGAUGUACGGCAGAGGCCAGAGGGUCGGUACUAUGAAGUGAAGAUGCAGGUGGAUUAUAAGGUGCCGGUGGGGAACAACAGAUGGAUCGACUCUACUGGGGCGAUCAAGGGAGAGCUGAAGGACAGUGGCCACGAGAGAGGAGCCAAGCUGAAUAUUUCCUACACUCCCUCGGCCGGGGCAUCAGAAGAGUACAUCAGGAUAGAGUGUCGGGAGGCAGAUCUGUCCUCUGACUCCGACAUGAAGUUUGAACGUACUUGGCUGUUUUACUUCUCCCAGUUCGAAAACAUCAACUUCAAGGGUCUUUGGCUCCAUAAGCGUCAUUUCGGGUCGGUAGAGAACGAUCUACAGGUCAACUUUGGUGAGAACUACGAGAACCUGCAACACCGAGUAGACCUCUAUCAGGCCUUAACUGUCUAUAUGGGUGACCUGAGAACCACUUUGAACUCUACCGUCAGUGUCAAGCACCGACACAGGAACCUGGACUUGAAGGUUGGAGGAGAUUGGUUCCAUGACGACCACGUCCUCAACACAGGGUUCCUCGUCCAGUACGCCACAGAUAAGCAAGUCGAGUCUCGCCUCCACAUGAAGAAUGAAUUAUCAGGGUUUCUGGAUACACAAGGUUUCUGGUUCCUGAAGGUGCCAGAUGGAAUCCACUGGGAGGUCAGAGGCCAAGUGAAAGAAAGGAGAAGCAAGAUUUACAAAUUUGAGGGUGAAGCCAUGUCAGGGACCAACUGGCGGGUGGAGGUUAGCGGGGUGUAUGCUGACCUGUCCUCACGGCUAGAGAACGUCCACAACCUGCUCCUUGAUGUAAAGCUCCCCGCCUAUGGCCUCACAAGAAUCAACUCCACGUUUCAUGCCAAUGACCGCCAGAUGAGUCUAGAUACCCACGUCCUGACAAAUUCUGGACGUAAGUAUCAGGCGAGAGCAGCGUACAGACACGGGGAGGACCAGCUUCACGCCAUGGGUUACAUGAUCAACCUGGAGCUUCACCUACCUAACCAACUCUAUACAGUCAGUACAGAGAUUAACACUGGCUCUGUCAUCACCAUCACUAAUGACCUCCACUUGGACAGGUACCGGGACAUUCACAUGAGCGUGACGGCGGACAUCCUGCAACAGAGACAGCGAGGCUUCAAAGCUCUCCUCCGCUGGGAUGAUAACAGGGAUCCCAGUCAAAAGAUGGACGUGAAAGUGAUGUACCAGACGCCCAGCGAGAGGGAGACCUCCUUCACCAUGGACGGAUUCCUCUUCUUCCUUGGCCAGGAGUAUCGUGCUAACUGGAAAACCCAUAAACAUUUGCAGUACGUGGAGAGGGACAUGGUAUGGGAGCACAAGAAUGAGGGCGCCAUGAGCUGGACAGACACCAGUCAGGUCAAGCAAGGCAUUACCUCCAACAUGACCCUAAUGCUGCGUAGGGGUGACACCGCUCAGCUCUACGGUCUCAUUGAUAUCACUACUCCGUUCACACAUUGGAUGAAGAACCACCUGGAGGUGAAAUAUUCACGAAACUCAGAUCACAUAGAGAGUACUCUAAAAGCUCGCUGGCACGACGGGGAGUUCGUCGACCUCCAGCUCUCGGCCCAGAAGCAGAUCACAGACUCUCACUUUAUGAUAGAGAGCAAACUAGAUGUGAGCUCAUCCUUCGAGGGCCUUGUGAGCGCCAGUACGGGAGUCAAGCUGGAGAAGAAACCCAACAUUAUUGACACCAACUUCUAUAUACAGUGGGAUACCGACCGCCUGGAGAUAGCACUAGAAGGUAAAGACGAUAGUUUCCACGAUGAACUGAGGUACUCUGUCUUUGGUCAAAUUCUCACCACCAUCCAGGACUACCGUGAGAUGUCUACUGCUGUUGACCUGAUGUUGAGGUCAGCGGCCCUUGACCUGCAGGCCACCACCAAGUGGGAGGGACACAACUAUAAACUACAUUUUAAUGGGGAAAUGUACAGUGGGCAGGAGUACCUGAGGUCAGCCUUGGUGGUGACGUCACUACAGCAGGAGGACAUCAUAACGGCUAGCCUGCUCGUGUACCAUGACCCCAAGGCACAGGAGGAGAAACUGUCUAUCAUGGUACAGUGGCCAGAAGAGCAGGAGAUACGGGUAGAAGGACAAGUGGCUACCUUGCCCCAACACUUCAAGGCAGGAAUACAGAUAGAUUCCACUCUUGAAGAAAUACGCCAAGCUGUUAUUGUUCUGGGCCACUCCAAGGACACCGUCAUCAAGACAGAAGCUAAGGUCCUGUGGAAUGAUAAAGUGGAUGUGGGCUUUGUGUUGUUGGGACAAGUUACAUCACUGACUGACUUCCUAGUGAGCUGCACCAUCCUUACCCCCUUCCCGGGCUACAAGGUCAUCACUGGAGAGUUAAGGAACCUCUUCCGUCUUGACCCUGAAGUACGAGUCCAUUCCAGGAUUUACGGUCAGCUGGGUGAGCGUAAGUAUGGUCUUGGGGCACGGUACGAGCAGGGUCAGGUGCCCCGCCUAAGAAUAGCACUUGAAUUAUACACACCUCUACCUGACCUGCACACCAUCUUCCUUGAUCUUUGUGACAACUCCACCCAGGUAGACGUCAAGUAUGACCUCACCAUGCAGUAUGGCCCCACCAAGAAUCUCAGACUCAAUGUCGAGCUGCAGACCCGUCCUGGAGGUGCUGAGGGUCGAGCCAUCGCUGUCCUGCCUCUCAACUCCCUGGAUGAACACCUCAACAAUGCUCACCUGGAGGCUUCAGGAAGCUAUUUCUGGGACCCUGAAGUCAAAUUGGACCUCACUUUAUCCUCGAAAUCUUCCAUCCCUACCAAGCUUGUGAUAAAAGGAAAUUUCCCAAGUGUGGAGGAUGGAAAGUUGCAAGUGAUGAUCACGACACCUGUUGAUGGUUAUGAGACCUUAGACUUUAUAGCAGAGUACCAGGUACCCAAGGAUGAGAAGGCUGGGCAACUCCACGGCCAGCUGACCACCACGUCGGGCAAGGUCUUCCAGCUGACUGUUACAGGAACCACCAAGCAUCUCCAGGGUUCAUUCUCCUCACCAUUUGAACCAUUUAGAGACGGGACUUUCAUGUGGAGUAUGACGGCUGUGGACGUGCUCAAGUCUCACCUGGAGGGCAAGCUGGGGUGGGAAGGCGGGGACAUCAUUCUGGAUGCUACUGUUAAGUCCCACCAAAAUUUCAUUCGUGAAUUGGAUGGAACUCUGAAGACUCCCUGGAAGGACUUAGAACACACAAUCAUCCAUCUGGAGGGAACACCACAGCAACAAGGCUUCAGGAACCAGCUGGUCUUGGAGGGAGCUGGACGAACUUACCGCGGUGACCUACUCUGGCAAUACCGCGACGACACUGACUGGGAAGUGGAUGUGCAGGUUGAGAGGGAGUCAGGUGGACAAGGUCACUACACAGUACACCUUGGCCUUACCAACGUGGAGAGGCGGCCACUGAAGGCCGCUUUACACCUUACUACACCUCACCAGGGAUUCCAAGAUGUCAAGUUUGACCUCAGCGUUCAACGAGAACAGCUCCCAUAUCACCUGAAGGUUGGCUGGGAAUCUGCCAUUGGCUCUGGAGACUUCGAGAUGACCUUCCGAAGUUUGUCCUUCGGUAAGAUUAACGGAGACCUGACCAUGAGUGUGGCACAGGAACAGGGACCAGACAUGACUUACACUGUGGAGCUGAACCUCAUCAACAACUCGGCUCAUGACAUGAUUGAUGUUGAGGGAAGCGUCGACUUUAAGAGUAAUCAUGACUACUGGGACCACUUGGUACUACAGGGGAAGGUGAUGCAGGUGACCUCUGACCCAGGGGAGCUGACCCUUCACCUUGUUUGGCCUCACCUUGACCCCAUCACCUUCAAGGCACUAGCAGAACAUCAGGACAACUUCAGGGUCAUCAAACCCACCAUCACUCUUGAUCUUACAAGGUCAAAAUACAGUUUUACUGGAGAGAUGCGUAAACAGGGUCAGCAACUUAACCUGACGGGGAUCUUAGACUGGGAGCGAGGAUCAUCGGGGCCACAGCAGGUUGUGUUACACUCCAGGCUGGUGUUCAACAAGGACUCCAUGGAUGGUCACUUUACCUUCGAUCUGCCCAUGGUGGAAGGCUGGCAUAAUAACAAGGCUGACAUUCACUACGAGACUCACGAUGAAAGGCACUGGUUCACAUCGACAAUUGAGACGGGCUCUGAUGUGACGACUGUGACGGGAAACAUGUUGGCUCACGGCUUCCCUGCUGGUGAUGGUACCAUUCACUUCACCUCUACCCUCAUGUGGGAGAACCAGCCCAUCACACUUGAUUUUAAACAGGAGUUGACAGAAGAUGGUUACGAGGGUGAAUACAACCUCGAGUGGCCGCAGAGACACGAUGCCACCUCACCCUGGGGACGUACACCAGUUCACGCCUCCCUCAAGCACCAUUUCUUAACAGCGGGUCACCGAGGCACACUCCAAAUCACGGCCGAUUUUACCAACAACAGAAUUGUCCAGAUUGACUAUGGUUUUAAGUUCCCAGUGACUGGAGACGUGACGGUAGAGCUAGGAGCCAGCUACCAACCUGUGGCUCUUAAGGUAAAGGUGGAGAGGGUGACGGUGGUGCUGGCUGAUGGGCACAUCAAGCAGAGGACCUCCUUCGAGUUUUCCAACGAUCUUUGGCCAUUUGGAAUAUCAUCAACCAAAGAAACAAACAGGAAAUCUGAUACAGAGUUAGAGGUGGUAACGACCCUGGAUCUGUAUGACUUAGAUGAUAUAUCGAGGAGAAUCACCAUCUUCUUUGUACACAAUAGUGCUCAGUCUGGCAGGCAGUUCCAGAUCAAGGGGAAGCUGUUGGACAGAGAGGUUAUACUGGCCGCCGGCUACAACCUGACCCCACGGAACUUUAAAACAAACUUCCUCGUCUCGUGGUCCCAAGAUGAAAAGAUUGAAUUUGAUAUAGAUUGGAGAGAUGUAUCUAAGGGCUUCAACAAAGAGCACACCCUGAAGGGGAAGCUCUCACACCCGUACAGGACCGUGAAGCUGGAUGGUUACUACAAGCGGUCUAGUAAGGACCUCACCUCCUUCAUCAAGUUCAAUUGGGACAGCAAUAAUGGCGGUGAGGAGGAAGAGGUGAUUGGUCGACUAGAAUGGGUGGACGCCGGCACUGGUGAAGAUCAUCUCCAUCAAGCAUUUGUUAGCCUGACUCAUCCCUUAUUGGAGGAGGAAAUCAAGCUGGCAGGAGAAGUGCGUCAGAACCCUUAUGAGAUUCUAGCAACCGAUAUCAAGCUUCAAUACUCACCUGACCCUCAAAAGGACCUGAAAAUGAACUUGGCUGUAACUAGGGCGAUGACCCAUGAUGGUGCCAUAAUGUUCACUGGUACUUCGGCCUUGCAACACCCUGCCUCCAACUUGAGUGUAGCGACCAAUGGUACAGUUAGUCUAGGGUCAGGCAAAUACGGACUGCUGCAAGAUUUCCGCUACACGAACUUGACUGGUGCCGUCCACACUGUUAACGUCAUCACCACCCUCGACCGUCAGGAGAAGACUCUUCAUAUCUCCCUGGAGACUUGGAGAAAGUUAGUUGAUAUCCAUGUGGAAGUGGAGCAGGACAAUUUGGGACGGUGGACAGUUGCUACCACAAGUACACCUGACCAGGAACAACCUCUGAUGACCUAUUUGGAGGUCCAUCCUUCCCAUCCUGUCAUGACCAUCACCUUCGACAACCUCUUAUCUAAUGAGACUACCUACGACACAUCCUUCCCCAGGUACAUAGCAGAACAGGUAGUAGUAGAUGUUGGCAUGGAAGACCACAGGAAAGCACGGUUCUCCAUCAAACACCUGAGUCCUCCCUGGCUUAAUGAAAACGAGGACCAGCUCCUGUCUCACUGGAUCACCGACGCCUACUUCUUCUUCCGUCUCAACCACUCCAGGCUCCUGUCGUCCCGUCUAAUAUGGCGACCUGAGUUGGAGGAGGAAAUCAUGAAUGAGAUUGGCGAGAUGCUGGGAGCGUCAUACGACCUGCGACAGAGCUUAGAGGACUGGCUGAAGAAUUCGCUUGUGGUGGCCGGUGAGGAGGCGUUAGCUCGUACACAACCAAUACUAAAUGACCUGGCCCAAAUUUCCAAACCUCUGUUGGAAGACUUUAGGAACGAGUCUCAGGAGUUUAUUGAGGACCUUUGGCUGUUGUACAAUAACAUCAACUCAACUGCCGGGGAGCUCAAGAUCCAGCAGUCCAUCGUAUUUGUGUUCAGCAGCAUCAUCAAGACCCUGGAGGACAUCCCAGCGAUUCAGAGGAUGAAAACUAGACUGGAGGGUGGAGCUCUGAAGGGCCAGCUGAAGGUGUUAAUUAAUCAACUCCUAGCGGUCUACCAGCAGCUGUCUGACCCGUCAGGACCUGGUCUUAAGGAAAAGAUCCAGACCGUGUUGUCCACCUUGGCCGAGAUGCACGACCAGUUUGCUAAGCAGCUGUACCGGAGAGUGAGUCAGGCAGUACAGGGGUUCAUGGACAGGGUCGGGGAGUGGCUGAGACGGAAGUGGAGAGCCGUGUAUGAGAACUACAAACCCCACAUCCUGAGAACCUUUGAUGAUGUGGAGACCAAUGCUUGGAUCAUUGCUGAAAACCUCAUAGACUGGCUGCAGUGGAUGGGCCUAGAAAUCAAGUCCUCCGCCGCCUACCGUCGCAUCCAGGAGAUGGUCACCUACCUGGAGGACAUCUACCGAGACUUUACUGAGAAGUCCAAGAGGGAGAACCUUGAGAAAUAUUAUAACAUGUUUGUGGAGAAGUGUAAGGGUGGAUUUAGAAUGCUGAUGUCUAGAGUGGCACCAUUUGUGGAGGACUGGGUGAAUGAACUGUGGAAAGCUUGGGAGAAACUCAUGCAAUUUCGGCCUGUUAAGAGACUUAGGGCAGCCAUCCUCGUUGCCUACAACAAGGUGGUGUGGACGGUGAGGUACGUGGACAUAAGGGGACAGGUAAUAGAUGCCAUGGCGUUUCUCCUUGAACAUGGUUAUACUAUAGUCUCCCAGACCGGCGUUGAGGCUUCACAAAAAAAAAUCAUAGCCAAGACUAAAUUCAGGUUUAGCCCGGAGGAAGGUGUGAUGGAGCUGCUCCAGAAACUACCCAUUGAUUGGCAUGGCUUCGACCACACACCUAACUGGCGGGACCUGCCUGAAUACCAGAACAUCCAGUGGGUUCGCCAGACUUUUUUCUCUUCAUCUAACACCAGUAUUCUUGACAGCUGGUAUAAGCAUCUCAACCUCAACUUCAGACCCAGGUCAUGGAUUCCUCCCUUCCCUGCCAUCGGUUACAUGAUUGGAGAGCAACACUUCAUGACCUUUGAUGGCCGCCACGUGGAGUUCAAAGGACGUUGUCAACACCUACUGGUGGCUGAUAUGGUGUGGGCUCAGUGGGCCGUGGCUGUUAACUAUCACAUUCACUCCUCCCGCACCAUAAUUAUCUACGUCGAUGGCAGCGAGAUAGAACUGGCAACUGACUUUAGGGUCACUAUAGAUGGCCAGCCCACAGAGCUACCAGCAGGACUGCCCUCGGCUCAGGUCCACAGGUGGCUCAACAAGAUAUACGUGAAAUCUCAGGACUUCUCCGUCACCUGGAACCUGGCUCAUGAUGUUCUCUCAGUAUCGCUAUAUGGUUAUUCGUUCAACAAGACCGGAGGCCUCUUAGGGGUUUACAACAAUGAACCAUCUGAUGACUUACAGCUUCCUGAUGGCUCCCAGACUGAUGUAGGGGCAGUACUUGCUAAUGCCUGGGACAUCAGCCACAGGCAGUGUCAGUCUCGUGGUAACAUUGCCAGAGGACAGUCUAAAGUGCCCAUUGAAGUUUGUACCAGACUUUUCCAGUCUAAGAGCUCGCCCUUUAAACACUGCUUCUUCCAGAUUGAUCCAACACCAUACCUCCACAUGUGUCUGGUGGACUACCGUGGACGAGAACUGGAUACUUGUACUGCUGCUACUGCCUAUAUGGAGGCUUGUUCCAACAACAACAUCCCCACCAAAAUACCAGUCUUCUGUGUCCAAUGUGAGUACAUGACCAACGAUGGAGAGACAAGGACAUUAGAGGAAGGCACAUCAGUAGUGUUGGAACAGGAGGAGAUCCUCAUGUCUACUGAUGUGGUCAUUCUGGUAGAGGCUAGAUCCUGCAACACGAUCCUCGCCCAGAAAAAACCACUUAACCGCUUCCACACUUUCAUUACCCGCAUGAAUGAGGAGCUGGAGGCCAAUGAUCUACGUCUCGUAAGAUAUGCUAUGGUAGUGUAUGGGUCAGAUUAUGGUUUGUUUACCAUGCCUACAGUAGUCACGGUAGACAAUAACAUCUUCACAGACGCUGCCAACAUCCACAAAGCUUUGAACCAUGUUGACUUCAUGAACGAGACAUACCCUGAGAUUGGGUACUUGGCGCCGGAUGCGUUUUAUGCCUUUACCUUCGCCGCUGGGCUGAACUUCAGGGCAGGUGUCAGUGUUACCUUCAUCCACUUCCCUUGUGACUCCUGCCUCCCAGCCCACCCUUCUAUGGAUUACAGCACCAUGUACCAUAUUCUGCUCGAGUACUCCGUCACGCUACAUGUGUAUUACCAGGACCUGUUUGACAUCCCCAAAGAGAAGGAGAGAAAGAAGAUUUUAGGUAUUGACAGCAGUAACGCCUACACGCUGAAGGACGCCAAGAGCAGGGGCCGAAGGGGAAGACUGAAGGGCGACCCAGCCAUAUGGAGACACAUUAACAUACCUAAAGACAAACUUGGCUACUGUGCUCCCCUUGCUCUAGAAAAUAAUGGCACGAUCUUUACCUUCAACCCGUUCAAGAUCCCUAGGAGGCGAUCCUUAACUAAAGAGAAGAAGAAGGUUGAGAAAUUGGCCAUAGUGUUUGGGAGGCGUGUGGUUCAGACUGCUCUUCCCCAGGAACGUAAGAGGUGUGUGUGUGUGCCGAGUACUCCUGACGGUGCGGCCAGUGUACAGUGUGACAACUGGAACAGUGGCCACCUCUCUAUAUUGGAACAGUAUGGAGAUGAGGAAUUCACCUUCCCUGAGGAAACCAACAGUAGGGAGGCGGGGUCCUGUAUUCGUCGGUCCAGUCUUGGUAACUGUAUUGAAUGGCUACAAUCCUAGUUACCUGACUGGCUGAAAUCCUAGUAACCUGUCUUGCUGAAAGUCAUAAUGACCUGACCUAAUGUUAUGCUCAUGAAAGUCCUUGAUUCUUUAGAGUUUGCUUGCUAAUUUCUACAUAACAAGUAUGAAGAGUAGUUGUUUAAUUAAGGUUGAUUUGCUUUAAUUUUUUGGUUAUUUUCAAUGUUAAUGUUAUAUCGUAGAUUAUGGUUGACAGAUGCAUUGUUUGGCCUUGAGUUAUGAGUGAAAUUUAAUAUACCGACCUUUGAGAAUCCUCCUUUGUGUUCAACAUAUGAACCACUGAGACUCCUGCUUUGAGUUGUAUCUGUUAGUGAGGUGGUCAAAUCCAUUGGCAUGUUUUCAUUUUGGAGUUGAAUUUAAGGUAAGACCCUUUAAAAGGCAAGGAGCAAAUGUUACCAGUGGCAGGGAAGACAUAAGAGUUGUAUUACCGGAACAACAGAAUUUCAUUGUGUGCAAGAGAGGAGUUUGUAAUUGUACUGAAGAAUUACAUAAAAAAACAUUGAAAUACCUAUAGAUAUAAAGGAAGAAAUUAUCACCCAUUUUUAUGAUAUUUAGAGAAAAUUUGCCAAAUACCAAGAUAUUAUAUACCGUAUUUUUCAGCAUAUAAGACGCACAUUUUUGUCUGAAAAAUGGCUAAAAACAAAUCAGCCUGUGUCCAAUAUGUGAAGUUGUGGUCUCCCACAAGCUAAUUAAUCCCCCCGUUGCUGUCUCCAGUAGGCUAAUUCUGCCUAAACCAACUCCAGAAUUUAAAAUUUGCUAUUGCUUACUUAAACAUUGUUCUUAUUUUUAAUUAAUUAGAAAAUAAUUACUGUAUUGUAAAUAUAAAAAGUAAAUCUGUAACUACUCUGUACACUGUACUGGUGACAAUAACUUGAGACGAUUAAUGUCCCUACGGUAAACACCCAACUCUUUAAAGGUAGCUAAGCAGUAACCAUUCUGAACACUUAUAAGCAUUACAAUCUAUUAAUGCUAUACCUGUAACAUUUAUUUUU